AUGUCCACCGAUCCCAAGUUCAAUGACCUGCACCAUCAACUUUUCGAAGAAGGCCUCAAAGUCCGCCGGGCCGUUGUCGGUGAAUCCUACGUCAAUAAAGCACUCGAAAAUGGGUCGACUGAAUUCUCUCGACCGGGCCAAGAACUCAUCACAGAGUGGGCGUGGGGAAAUAUCUGGACACGCCCGGGAUUAGAACGACGGGAUCGCAGCCUGCUCAAUAUCGGCAUGCUCAUGGCUCUGAAUCGCGGACCGGAACUGGCGGUUCAUAUUCGGGGUGCUCGGAAUAAUGGGCUGAGUGAGCUUGAGAUUCGGGAGGCUAUUCUUCAUGCGACAGUUUAUUGUGGUGCUCCUGCUGGUGUGGAUGCAAUGAAGGUUGCUGAGCGGGUGUUGAAUGAGAUGGCGGAGAAUGGGGAGAUGCCGCGCGAGCUGGGGUCGAAGGUACAUUUGGAGAAAGAAAAGAAGAUAUAG